UGUAGCAUCUAGCCCAGAGAGGGGUGUGUUGUUUGCAGAUAUUUGCCACAUUGUGAGUUAAUUUUUGUCUAAUGUGACACUCGGUAUAACAUAUAACUUGCAGAAGGUGUUGUCGCUAAAUCUGUUUUGACCGCUUACGUACAGUUUUGCGAAUGCUUCUACCGCCGACGACUUGCUAAUGUUAGCUGAGCAGUCAUCUGGCUGUAUGUUAUAAGUGUGUCCCCCCUUUUUUUGAGUCAAAAACUGACCUUUGAGAAACAGCCAGCUGAAGGACGAUUUAAAAUGGGGUCUGUUAGAGCAAUGGCAUCAACCAGACUCCUGUGUUUGUUCAACACGAAAGCAGCAUGUUCGGCCAAAACAUUAUCCAGGGCAAGCAGGAGUGUGUGCUUCAAGAGGCAUGUCUGCAGUUCACCUUCAAGAUUGCAGGGCUGCAUGUCAGCCUGGGUCAUUGAUCAGUAUGGUACUAAUGAGGUGUUGAGGUACACAGAAGAACUCACCGCUCCUUCUGUCAAUUCUGCCUCUGAAGUGAUGAUUAAAGUUCAUUCAGCCAGUCUCAACCCUCUUGAUGUUUCUAUGAGAGGAGGAUAUGGAGCUAAAUUGCUUAAACUAAGAAGGGAUCCAAUGUCUGUGAUGGACAGUGAUAGCGAGUUUCCUUUGGUCCUGGGCCGGGAUGUGUCUGGUGUUGUGGUGGAUUGUGGAUCAGAGGUGACCCACUUUGUUCCAGGAGAUGAGGUGUGGGCUGCUGUUCCCCCAUGGAAACCAGGCAGCCUGUCUGAAUAUGUGGUUCUGACCGAGUAUGAGGUUUCUCUCAAGCCAAAGUCCCUGAGUCACACAGAAGCGGCAUCCAUCCCCUAUGUAGCCAACACGGCUCUGUCUGCACUUGUUAAUGCCGGUGGUCUUUGCAGAGACAGCGCUUCAAAUAAAAGAGUUUUGAUCACUGGAGGAUCGGGAGGUAUCGGAACAUUCUCCAUCCAGUUAUUAAAAGCCUGGGGUGCCCAUGUAACGGUUACCUGCUCCCAGAACGCCGAAGGCCUUGUUAGGGGGUUGGGGGCCGAUGAGGUGGUGGACUACACGGCAGGAGAUGCUACGGAGCAGCUGGAAACGAUGGAGAAGUUUGACGUGAUUUUGGACAACGUGGGCGGGGAUACAGAGGAGUGGGCGAUGGGCCUGCUCAAGCCCUGGUCUGGAGCAAAAUACGUCACACUGGUGUCACCUUUACUCCUCAGCACCGAUUCCAUGGGCCUGCUGGACGGGGCGUUUCAGGCUGGAUUCACCCUGCACAACAAAGCCGUACAGAACAUAAUAUCUAGUGGAGUCUUCUACAGGUGGGGGUUUUAUACUCCAGAUGGACCCGCGCUGGACGAGAUCAGCAAGCUGGUGGAUGCAGGGAAGAUCCUGCCGGUUGUGGAGGCCCAGUUUCCCUUCACCCAGGUGCCCCAGGCUUUUCAGAAGCUGGAGGAGGGCCACGCCAGAGGGAAGACAGUCGUCCGGGUGGCCGAAGAGGACGACAGGCAGGCCGAGGAGUUGGUGCAGAACUCUCCCUGUGGGACCGCAGAGUCAGAGCAGGGAGUGCAAGAGAGUGCCAAACACAACUAGAGGCGAUCAGCAAAGCACCAAGAGAAUUUAAGUGUUUGUUAUUCUCCUCACCUCUACAAGGCUGCUGCAGACUGUAUUAUUCAAAGGGAUCAGAGGGGGCUUCCGGUGUGCCGCGGAACACAAGCGUGUACUGCGCUUCUAAUGUGUUGUUUCUGUAAAAGCGUUGUGUACUGUUCUGACAGCUUUACAAGGUGCUUGAGUUAUGAUGAUUCCAUGUAACGGUUAUUUAUCAACUGCACUAUAAUAAAUACCAAACCGGUCAGAAUCCA